CAAUGACUGGCUUUCCUAUACACAUUAAACUGGAUUCGAUAAAGUUUCAACUCUUCUUUAACUCCCAAAGUUACUGAAACAGCAGCCACAAAUGGCAUUACUAACCUACUUAUUUUGAAAUUUAAAYUUUGACAAAGACAUUUCCUCAUUCUUCUCCCUGYGUGGAGUAGAAACGGCUUCAUGGCGUUGGCACCUCUUCUGAGAAGGGACUGGGAUUCCCCAAAGAUGUAGUCUGGUUUUUUUGGGAAGGAUMCCUCAUGAGAGCGAUUUCCCUAUCCGUUUCCCUGGUACCCUCACCGCUCGGUUCCUGCACAUAUAAAGCCUUUACCCGCACCCCAUCCCGCUGCACGCUCUUCCUGCGUGUGGAACUAGCCACGCAGAUCCCGAGCGGGGAUGACACGUAAACACCGAGUGCGCAAUGGGAAAGGAGCUAUGGAUUUGAGCCCGACCAGACCAGCCAGCGCGCGYGUAGACACAUCUCACACAACACUAAGCCUCAAGCUCCAGUCAGGCAGCGCACUCCUUGCAAGAGGAUGCGCUGGCCGAGGGCCUGGACUUGCCAAAGCGGGAAGGAGGAGCUACGGGGGAGGGCGGAGCUUUCACACGCGCACCCUCCCUCUGUUUCCUUCUUCGCUCGGACCCAGCAACUUGGUCUCCGGUCGCCACUCGGGGUUUAUUUGUUUACAAGCGGAUUACGUCAGCUCCUCCCUCUCUUCCCGGUCUCUGGGCCCGCCCCCUGGGUCCUUUUUCCCGCCCCCUCAGGCUCCGAAUCUGCUUGCGUCACAAUGGUGCGAUCUCCGGAUUGGCUAGAGUCGGCCGUCACGCUCCAGCUACGCCACUUCCUUUCCGCGGCACUAUAAAAAGUGCUGCACGGCGGCAGCAUCUCUUCGCCCCUCGGAGCUGGAAAUGCAACUCUUGGGAUCUUUGGAGGCUACGGAGCUGGAGGCGGAGGCGGCUGGGGAGGUCCGAGCGAUGUGACCGGGCCGCCAUCGCUCGUCUCUUCCUCUCUCCUGCCGCCUCCUGUCUCCGAAAUAACUUUUUUACUCUAAAGCAAGGGGAAAAAAAGUAGCCGUCCGCCCCUCACACCCUCCCUUCCUCUCAGCCGUCUGGUCUGUGAGGGAGCCCGGGGUGGCCGCUCCGCCGUCGGGGCCGCGCCGCCGAGCCCCGGCCGCCCCGGGCCGCUCCCGCCCGCCGCCCCCAUGCAUCCCUUUUACACCCGGGCUGCCACCAUGAUAGGCGAGAUCGCCGCCGCGGUGUCCUUCAUCUCCAAGUUCCUCCGCACCAAGGGGCUCACGAGCGAGCGACAGCUGCAGACCUUCAGCCAGAGCCUGCAAGAGCUGCUGGCAGAACAUUAUAAACAUCACUGGUUCCCUGAAAAGCCGUGCAAGGGAUCAGGUUACCGUUGUAUUCGCAUCAACCAUAAAAUGGAUCCUCUGAUUGGACAGGCAGCACAGCGGAUUGGACUGAGCAGUCAGGAGCUGUUCAGGCUUCUCCCAAGUGAACUCACACUCUGGGUUGACCCCUACGAAGUGUCCUACAGAAUUGGAGAGGAUGGCUCCAUCUGUGUGCUGUAUGAAGCCUCACCAGCAGGAGGUAGCACUCAAAACAGCACCAACGUGCAAAUGGUAGACAGCAGAAUCAGCUGUAAGGAGGAACUUCUCUUGGGCAGAACAAGCCCUUCCAAAAACUACAAUAUGAUGACUGUAUCGGGUUAAGAUAUAGUCUAUGGAUGGAUCAUCUUAUAAUGGAUGGAUAAAUUUGAUUUUUGCUUUGGGUGGGCUCCUCUUGGGGAUGGAUUAUGGAAUUUAAACCAUGUCACAGCUGUGAAGAUCUGGCACAAGACAGAGUGAUUAAAAAAAAAAAAAAAUCUUUUUUUUUUUUUAAAGUGACAGUGCCAUGGUUUGGACAGUACCUUCAAUGAUUUAAUAGCCUGUGAGUCCAAGUAAAUGAUCACUUUAUUUGCUAGGGAGUGAAGUCCUAGGGUGGUUUCAGUUUCUCCCAGACAUACCUAAAUUUUAACAUCGAUCCCUUUAAGGAAAAUCUGUAUUUCAAAAAACCUUUCUCUGCAGUAGAUCUUGCAGAGGAAUUUGCACUAUUACACUUGAAAAUUGUUGUUGAUAACCUUUUUGGCAGCUCAGUAGGAAAGCUUGUUUUAAACAUGGUAGUACUGGAAAUUUUACAAGACUUUUACCUAGCACUUAAAUAUGUAUAAAUGUACAUAAAGACAAACUAGUAAGCAUGACCUGGGGAAAUGGUCAGACCUUGUAUUGUGUUUUUGGCUUUGGAAGUAGCAAGUGACCAGAAUCUGCCAUGGCAA